AUGAGGCAAGAAUACAGUUUGAGAAUUUCAAGAAUCAAAGAUAAAGUGUGGAGAUUGCCUUUUCGGGGAGAUGAUGAGUCUUCGACAUCAUCCGAUAGAGGACAUUUUUUAGAAUUGCUCAAAUGGUAUAGCUCAGAGUGUUCAGAAGUUGCGGCAGUUGUUGGAAUGAAUGCACCUGGAAAUAAUCAAAUGAUUGCCCCAAAAAUUCAAAAGCAAUUGGUGAAUGCUUGUGCAGUUGAGACCACAAAUGCUAUUCUAGCUGAUCUUGGAGAUAGGUGGUUCACUUUACUACUCGAUGAGGCUUGUGACUGUUCAGUGAAAGAGCAAAUGACAAUUGUUAUAAGAUAUGUGAACAAAUAUGGAAAGGUGAUUGAACGAUUUAUGGUUGUAGUUCAUGUUGCAACAACUACAGCUGCUUAUUUGAAGGAGGCAAUCAACUCUUUAUUUACUAAGUAUGGUUUGUCAGUGGCGAGAUUGAGGGGUCACGGAUAUGAUGGUGUUUCAAAUAUGUCUGGAGAAUUUAAUGGCUUAAAGUCACUGAUAAUGAAAGAAAAUCCGUAUGCAUUGUAUGUUCAUUGUUUUGCUCAUCAACUCCAGCUAGUGGUUGUAGGUGUUGCUUAA